AUGGGUGGCAAGAGCGACUUCAAGGUCGUGAUUGGCGGCGGCAGCAUCUCGGGCCUGACGCUGGCCAACAUGCUGCAGAUGCACGACAUUGACUUUGUCCUGCUGGAGGCGUACCCGAACAUUGCGCCGCAGGUGGGAGCGAGCAUCGGCAUCCUGCCGCACGGCAACCGGAUAAUGGACCAGUUGGGGCUGUACGGCAACAUCACGGCGCUCUGCCCGCCGCUGGACUCGUUUCACUUCCGCGACAAGACCGGGCACAUCAUCAGCGAGUUUUACGGCAUGAACCACUCCAUGUGCGAGCGGCACGGCUACUCAAUUAACUUUCUCGACCGCCAGCAGGUCCUGCAGGUGCUCUACGACAACAUCAAGGACAAGACCAAGGUGCUCACGAACAAGCGGGUCAAGAACGUGGACGUCAGCGACGACGGUGUCUCCGUCCGGACCGAGGAUGGCUCAACGUACCACGGCGACAUGUUGAUCGGCGCCGACGGCAUUCACAGCACCGUCCGGUCGGAAAUGUGGCGGAUCGCCGAUGCGCAGCUGCCGGGAUGGAUUCCGUCUGACGAGAAAACAUCCGUGCCCGUCGACACACUCUGCAUCUUUGGCAUCUCCAAGCCCUGCGAAGGCAUCGACCCGGGGGCUUCCAACUCGGUCUUCCGGAAACACCAGUCUUACAUCGUCAACGGUGGUCCCGAAGGCCGGGUCUACUGGUUCUACUUUGAAAAGCUGCCCAAGUGCGUCUACGGCAACGGCAUCCCGACGUACACGAAAGAGGACGAGAUUAGGCUGCUGGCGAUGCACGAAAACGACCCGAUCACGCCGACGCUCCGGUUCAAAACGCUGCUGGACCGCCGCAUUACGUCUGUCAUGGUGCCGCUGCAGGAAUACAUCUUCCGCAAGUGGUACUACAAGCGAAUCUUUACGCUUGGCGAUUCUGCCCACAAGUUCAACCCGAUCUCGGGCCACGGUGGCAACGCGUGCAUCGAGUCGGCGGCGACACUGGUCAACAACCUGCUGCCGGUGCUAGACGCGGCCAGACGCCGGGGACGGAAGCCGACAGUGGGCGAGCUCGGUCAUGUAUUUUCACAGACGCAGACGAUCCGGCAGGACCGGGCACGGCUGCUGAAAGAGCACUCGCACGACCAGCAGCGGAUGGAGGCACUAGACUCGCCGCUGCACGAGCUGGCGGCCUUUUACCUCGUCCCCCUGAUGGACAAUGAGGAUAUCACGUUCAAGUUCUCCGGCAACAUGCCGCUGGCCGAGAAGCUGCACACGGUGCCGAUCCGACCAGUGCCACGGCUGGUGCCCUACAAGGACGAGCUGCUGAGCACGCCACAGCCUCGGGGCGCGGCCACCAAGUGGACGCUCAUCGCCUUUUACCUGGCGAUUGCCGGCCUGGUGCACUACGGCAUGUGGACACGGUCGGCCUCGUACGGGCUGGACCGACAUCUGGGCGCGAUCUUGACGACGGGCCACUUUGUGCCGGACCCGGACUUUGUGCUGAAGCGGACGUACGUCGGCAUCCGGGCGAUCGACGACUAUCUGGUCUUUUUGGCGGCCAUCUUCAUCACGGGCGUCAACGGGUGGGACCGCACGUUUGGCAUGCUGCAGCUCUACUUUCUCGGCAUGCUGGUGCAGCCGAUCGCGAUCUACACGGUCGAGGCUUUCCGGCGCCGCAACAAGGUGACGCCACUGGCGCUGAUGACCGUCUGGAUGACGCUGGUGCAGGCGGCCGGCGUGGGCAUCUACAUGCCCAUCUACUACGCCAUCUACACGUUCGUGUCCGAGCCGGAGCCAUACUGGUGGCCGUUCAGCCGCGAGGUCAAGGUCCAGCACGCCCGCUCGCUCAUGGCCGCCCUCCUGCUCGGCUACGUCCUGCCGACCGUGCUCAUGUUCGUCCCCUGGGGCUCGCCCGAGACCGUCCAGAACUUCGAGGCCCUCUGGCAGGUCGGUCCCAUGCUCGUGCCGCUGCUCACCAGCCUCUUCGGCUGGUGGUACGCCCGCACCCACAACCUCAAGGCCGUCGCGCCCACGGCCCGCCAGGUCUUCCCCGACUUCAACGCUCUGCAGCAGGUCUACGUUGUCAGCGGCGUGCUCGGUGUGCUGCUGCACAUCUACUGCCUCGUCCGCAUCAGCUCAUCGCCCGACCUCUCCUUUACGGCCGUCUUCUGGCCCGACCUCUCCGCUCAGCCCAAGGAGCUCGGCGAGGGCCUCACCGCCCUGUUCCUGACCGACUUCUGGGGCUUCGUCGUCGCCUCGUGGGCCUGGCUCAUCAUGGCUGUCUGGGACGUCCGCCGGAUGGGCCGCUCGACUGUCGACGUCACCAAAGCCGCCGUGCUCAUCACCCUCGGCCACGUCUUUGUCGGCCCAGGCGCCACCAUGUCGGCUGUCUGGUACUGGCGAGAAGCAGCCAUGGCCAAGACCACCUUUGCCGAUAUGUAG